GUAUUGGAAACAGUCAGUAAAUAGGGAUGAGAAAGAACACAGGAUAUUUCUGACGGUAGAGUGUAAGGGAAUGCAAGAAGUCUGACCAAUCAAUAUGUUAAUACGAAUUUAUAAGAUAUUAAUAUUUGUCUUAUGCAUAGUAUCAUCUAUGCUUAUAUUACUAGGACUAUAUCAGACACAAGCCUCAUAUGGUCAACUAGAUAAAUUAUUAGUUGGAUUCUCUAGAAGACGAACAUUUAUUACUGGAAAUGGAAUAAAAGAACAUAAAAUAAAUGUUACCGAUAAUGAUAAAAAUAACACACAAAGAAAUAAUCAGACGACAAGGAAAACGAGUUCCAUAUUCUUGGAUUAUCAACAAGUUUUGAAAAGUGGUAAUUUCUCUAUGAACCAAUCAGUUAACAUUUCAGAAGUACGACCAGAUAAGUGUGAUGCAUGUUUUCCGCAAUCUUCGUACAUCUACAAAAAUGAUAAUUUGUGCUCAACGAAUAAUUCCACAACUCAGGUCAAGUUACUUAUAAUAAUUUUAACUGCAAUUAGUGAAACGCACAAUAGGACCACGGUGCGCAAAACUUGGACAAGUAUUUCUAACAAGAACACAAGAGAACUGAGGUAUGUUUUCGUAUUAGGGAAGCACGCUAAAGACCCGACAUUCAAUAUGAGAGCUCUUGAAGAAGCUAAAAUAUAUGGAGAUAUUAUCAUCAAAGAUUUCAUGGAUGUAUACAAUAACUUGACUCUAAAAACAAUGUCUGGUCUAAAAUGGGCAUCAGAUUUCUGCUCAAAUGCUAAAUAUGUUAUGAAAACUGAUACUGAUGUAUAUGUAAAUACUCCAAGACUUUUACAACUCAUCGAUUCAUUCAAAAUUGAAAACGAAAUAAUAGGAAGAUGCAUCCUGCAUCCUACACCAAUGAGGAAUGAGACAUCAAAGUAUUACAUUUCUCCUGUCCAAUACCCUCAUUUGACGUACCCUCUCUACUGUAUUGGCGGUCCAGGCUAUGUCACUACUAUGAAAGUUGUCAAAGGCAUUGUGAGUGUUUCACCAAAUAUACCCUUCUUCUUCAUUGAAGAUGUUUAUGUUGGACUUUGUAAUGAAGCAUUGGGAUACAAAGUACGCUCGGUGAAAGAAUUCCAAAAAAAUAAAGUGAAACGUACUGUGUGUUGGCUUAAAAGAACAAUUGCUUGUCACCCUUUAUCACCAAGAGAAAUAAUAAAAACUUGGAACACAAGAUGUUGAAAUAAAAAGAUUUAGCAUAAAAUCUGUACAAUUUUUAAAAGUUUUUGAAAGCAGAUUGAUUUCACAGCAAGAAUACUUUGAAAUCAUUCAAAGUCAAACAUAUUUUAAAAUCAGUAUAUUGACUUAUUCAUAACAAUUACAAAAGUUUUAAUUCUAUAAAAAUAUGUAAGAGUGAUUGUUGUAAAAUGUCUAGUUAAAAAGAUAUUCCAGGAAACCUUUUUCAGUUUCAAGAAUACGCUCUUUUACCAAAAUAUUCUUUAAGAUUUCAAUGGAUUCUGCUGAACUAAUUCCUGGGAAAUGAAAUCACACAGAUUGUCUAUGUAUUGUGUAUGAAAUCAUCAUAAUCUAGAAAAGUACAUGUUUAAAUAUCAUCGAAAAAGGGUAGUUUAGAAAAUACAACACCAAGAAAAUGCAUGCUGGGGCUCCCAGAGGGUAUACAGAUUUUUCGCCAAGUGCUUUUUUCGUAGUUUAUGCAUGUAGACACAUAUACCCUAUGGGAGUAGAAGUUCUGCUCGAUAGCCGAUUUUCAAAAUGGCCGGUCGUGUCAAAAUGGCGGCCAUUUUAGUGACGAUUUUACAGUCAUUUAGGUACAGUAUAUAAAACUGUAAUAGCAAUGAGUUUUAAAAGUAAAAAAGUUAUAUAGCACAUUGAUUAAGCUAGACAUGUAGAUAUUUAAGAAACACAUGGCAGCCAUCUUGAAAAAUGGUGGCAUUUACACACGAUUUUACAAUCUUUGCUAUAACUCAUAUUUAAUAUGUGACUAUAUACUUAAGAAAAUGUACAUAUGUGCGAACAAAUAGUUCAGAAGACAACAGAAUCGUCGAUUUAAUUCUUCACUUAAGUUACAUAAACGGUUUUUCGAAAAACAGUUAAGAUCUGCACUUUUGACCCAAACCGUUUAUGUAACUUAAGUGAGGAAUUAAAUCGACGAUUCUGUUGUCUUAUGAGCUAUCUUUUCGCAAACAUGAACAUUUUCUAAAACAUAGGAUACUGAUAUACGUUUGUGAGAAAAAACGUCGUGGGGAUUCUGCCUACAACGCGUGAAAUAAGGAAAAAAGAAAAGUCGUACCUUCGACGUUCCGACAUUUUGUUACCAAAACGAACCGUUUCGGUAACCAGCGUAAUCGAGUGGAUCACCAGUGAGUAUAGGGCGCAAUCAGCAUUAUAACGUCAAAAACGACAAGCGUUACAUUUUGUCAAGUUUAGUCAACCUAAAAAUAAAAUGCUUUAUUCUUAUUCAAUCCUGGUAAAAUUCACAGAGCAACAAGAUCUCGAGGACAAUAUUUCUAAAAUGUUUUUGAUUUUUAAAAAACGGUCAGGAAAUCCACUCGGGGCGUUAGUAAAAAUUGAUAUGUAUGGGAUUUGUGGUAAAAAAUCGAUGCGUUACAUUUUUUCAAGUCUCUAAAAGCAACUCUUAUUUUCUUGUUAUUUGAAAAAUAAAGAAAUCGGUUAUUGUUUUGUAAAUUUCGCCAUGACAAUAUUGUGCAGUCAAAUUCUUUUUAAAUCAGACCUAAAUUAGAAGGUUAAAUAAAGGUAAACUUAUUGCUUGUCUCAGGUUCGCCUUCAAAACCUUACACAAUUUUGAAAACUUUAAAAGCGUUCAUGUAAGACGAUUUGAACUGUAGCCGCUAGGCAACUGUGACGUCAUAAAAGCACAUGUUUCAAUGAAUAAAAUGUGAAAUUUUAGUAAAAUUCUGAUAAGAAUUUCAAAAGUUAUCCCGAUUUCAACGAACCGUUUGAGCGUGAAAUGUUACGUCUUACAGCGUAUUUGACGAUGUCGGAGUACAUUUAACUUUAAAGUAAAAAUAAUUUCAGUGAAAUGCGAAUAAAAAAUACUUCAAAAUGAUAUAUAAUGCACAUACAGGGUGUCCAAUAAAUAAGGUAAAAGAUAUUGUAACU